AUGGCAGAACUUCUUGAUUUCACGGCUCAAUUCACUGAUCUGGUCCCCUCGCGGCCUUUGGAACAUUUUGGCGAUUCGGAUCUCACUUUUGGAGGAAGGAUCUUUCCCGCACUCAAAAUUCAUGAGGAUGGUGGCGAAAGCGGGUGUGGUGGCAAGUUAUGGAUAGCAGGCGAGCUCCUUUGCGAGUACCUCUUAGAGAACAGCGAUGAUAACGGCAUUCUAUCUAAGCAAAUGAAUUUGCUGGGAAGAGAUAAACCGUUCGUGAACAUCCUGGAAUUGGGAAGCGGAACAGGUCUAGUUGGGCUAUGUGCGGGAUCUUUGGCAAGAGCGAAUGGCGGAAAUGCUAAAGUUCAUAUCACUGACAUAGAUCAGCUUGUGCGUCUAAUGGAAGGAAAUGUGGAACUGAACGGCUUGGCGAGCGUUGUAUCUGCAGAAAAACUUUGGUGGGGUGAACCAUUGAAGUAUGAGUUUGGACCAGACGCCAUAAGCAAUAAGACAGAUCUUGUGCUGGCUGCAGACUGUGUGUACUUGGAAACAGCGUUUCCGCUGCUUGAGAAAACGCUUCUGGACCUUACAAAGGGAGAAACGCCCCCGGUGGUUCUCAUGUCGUACCGGAAGCGAAGAAAGGCAGACAGAAUCUUCUUUAAGGCAAUCCGCAAGAAUUUCAAGGUGGUACCGAUCACUAGCUUUGAUCGUUGUGACGAUUUCCUUAAGCAACGUACGCACUUGUUCCAGUUGAUAAGAGUACAAAAGUAG